GCUAGAGCCUUCACCCAGGGUGCAAAUCGCUUAUUAGCUCCCUUCUGUUCCGUGAGACUCAUCGACUUGUCGUUCUCUCCGUACGCCAGAUCUGGUACCCUUCUCCGGCGGCCGGCGCGAUCAUGGUCGGGCCUGGGCACCGGAACAGUCAUGGAAAGCGGCAGUCUGAUUAUGCUGAAAAUGGAGGUGUCAAGAGAAGAAAUCCUGGUGAUGAUACAUAUGCUCCUGGUCCAGAUGACACUGUCUAUCGCUACCUUUGCACGUCUAGGAAAAUAGGGAGUAUAAUUGGGAGGGGUGGAGAAAUUGCCAAGCAGCUGAGGAGCGAUACUCAAGCUAAGAUUAGGAUUGGUGAGAGUGUCCCUAACUGCGAUGACCGAGUCAUAACAAUAUUUAGCUCAAGCAGGGAGACUAAUACCAUUGAAGAUACUGAAGAUAAGGUUUGCGCUGCUCAAGAUGCUCUCUUUAGGGUUCAUGAGAAGCUUGCCACAGAUGAUGGUCCUGUGAACGAAGAAAAUGAAGAGGGUUUAGGUCAAGUUACUGUUCGGUUGCUUGUGCCAUCUGAUCAGAUUGGAUGCAUUAUUGGAAAAGGUGGGCAUAUCAUCCAGGGAAUCCGCAGCGACACUGGUUCACAAAUACGUGUUCUCAGUAAUGAACACCUUCCUGCAUGUGCUACUAGUGGUGAUGAACUUCUCCUGAUAAUUGGGGAUCCGAUUGUAGUUAGAAAAGCUCUUCUCCAAGUGUCAUCUCGCCUCCAUGGCAACCCAUCCAGGUCACAGCAUCUCCUUGCGUCCGGCUUAACCCAACCUUUUCCAGCGGGCUCCCGCCUUGGUAGUUCCUCUACUGCACCAGUUGUAGGGAUUACUCCUAUGGUUGGUCCUUAUGGACGAUACAAAGGUGAUAUGGUGGGAGAUUGGCCUUCUAUAUACCAACCACGGAGGGAGGUGAGCUCUGCAAAAGAGUUUACCCUGCGUCUGCUUUGUGCUGCGGCGAAUGUCGGAGGUGUAAUUGGAAAAGGAGGUGGAAUUAUCAAACAGAUUAGGCAAGAAUCUGGAGCUUUUAUCAAAGUGGAUAGUUCGAGUGCUGAAGGUGACUGCAUAAUUACAGUUUCGGCAAAGGAGUUCUUUGAAGAUCCUGUCUCUCCAACAAUUGAUGCUACAGUCCGUUUACAGCCAAGAUGCAGUGAGAAAAUUGAUGCAGAAUCGGGGGAGCCAUCAUAUACUACACGUUUGUUGGUGUCGACAUCACGGAUAGGGUGCCUGAUCGGCAAAGGUGGUUCAAUCAUUACGGAGAUACGAAGAACAUCGAGAGCAAACAUACGGAUCAUUUCGAAGGAGGAUGUUCCAAAAGUAGCAUCGGACGACGAAGAGAUGGUCCAGAUCAGCGGAGAUCUUGAUGUUGCAAGGCAUGCUCUUGUGCAAAUAACUACAAGGCUGAAAGCCAACUUCUUUGAAAGAGAAGGUGCUUUAUCAGGUUUUCCACCUGUGAUCCCAUAUCACCCUUUGCCUGCUAGCGUGUCUGAUGAGCCAAAGUAUCUAAGCAGAGACAAUAAGUCUGCUGGGCACGAUUAUCCAUAUUCUAGUGGAUAUCGUGCAUCAGACGAUGUGCUUCCUGUUGACCGUUAUGCAAAUUAUGGCAGCUCCCAGGUAUACGGAGGCGGCUAUGGUGCUUACAGUGGUGGUUCUGGCAGCAGCGGGUUAUCUGGCUCUACCUAUCUUUCAUCUGGAAAACGCUAUGGCUAUUAAAAUGCAGGUUGUCGAAUCCAACAGCUCAGCUCUCUUCCGAUGAACCUGUCCGUUUCACAUUUGCACCCCUGCCCAAUCCUUUACUGAAAACAGCCAAGACCAAUGAAGUUUGGAGCCUGCUUAUUGGAGCCCCUACCCAAACCAGAUGACUGAGAGUAUGGCCCAACCUGGAAGCUUUGCUUAAGAGGACCUGUCUGGAUGCCAUAAACCCUCUGAUUUCCCUAGUAGAAUACAUUUACUCUUUAUCUUUUCCUCCGGGCCUGUGUGUGAUGCCCUGCCGUAAAUGUUCCGAACCUAUGUAUUGGAAGGUCACAUAUAAGAAUCUGUAUUUGUUGUCCUAAAACCUGCUUAGUAGUUUGUGUGA